AUGGGAGAAGAUCUCGGCUGGUUGCAGCAGUACAUACGUGUGGGCUUCUUCACCGACUACCGGAAUCUGGCAUGGCACUACUAUGCCACAAACGAGACAACAUAUGCAUUUCUCUGGCUGAAUUCGAUUUCCUACGCAAACCUUGACUUUCUCAGAGAGGCCUGCCCGGAAGCCGCCUUCACUGCUCUGCUUCUUCGCGCGGAGGAGCGCCUGCCCUCGCGCGAAGCUGACCUUCCCCUGCUGGAGCUAGCAGGGCUACAGGACCCGCAGCCCGCAGCUCGCGCGCGCUGGCCGAUCGACCUGGGGCUCUCGCGGAU